CUCCGACGACCCGACGGACCGACAGACGCACGGACUGCCUGACCCUCAAGACUGCCAACCAGCCAGCCUGUGCCCGCCGCUUCCCCUCCUCAGGCACACCCACCAUGUGGCCCCUGUGGCCUCUUGCGGCCCUGCUGGCCCUGAGCCAGGCUCUGCCCUUUGAGCAAAAAGGCUUCUGGGACUUCACCCUGGACGACGGGCUGCCCAUGUUGAAUGACGAGGAGGCUUCAGGCGCCGACACGACCUCGGGCAUCCCAGACCUGGACUCCCUCCCUCCCACCUACAGCGCCAUGUGCCCUUUCGGCUGCCACUGCCACCUGCGGGUCGUUCAGUGCUCCGACCUGGGUCUGAAGGCUGUGCCCAAAGAGAUCUCGCCCGACACCACUCUGCUGGACCUGCAGAACAACGACAUCUCCGAGAUCCGAAAGGAUGACUUCAAAGGUCUCCAGCAUCUCUAUGCCCUGGUCCUGGUGAACAACAAGAUCUCCAAGAUCCACAAGAAGGCCUUCAGCCCCCUGCGGAAACUGCAGAAACUCUACAUCUCCAAGAACCACCUGGUGGAGAUCCCUCCCAACCUGCCCAGCUCCCUGGUGGAGCUCCGCAUCCAUGACAACCGCAUCCGCAAGGUGCCCAAGGGCGUGUUCAGUGGGCUGCGCAACAUGAACUGCAUCGAGAUGGGUGGGAACCCCCUGGAGAACAGUGGCUUUGAACCUGGAGCUUUCGAUGGCCUGAAGCUCAACUACCUGCGCAUCUCUGAGGCUAAGCUCACCGGCAUCCCCAAAGACCUCCCCGAGACCCUGAAUGAACUCCAUCUGGACCACAACAAAAUCCAGGCAAUCGAGCUAGAGGAUCUGCUCCGCUACUCAAAGUUGUACAGGCUGGGCCUGAGCCACAACCAGAUCCGCAUGGUUGAGAACGGGAGCCUGAGUUUCCUGCCCACCCUGCGGGAACUGCACUUGGACAAUAACAAGCUGUCCAGGGUGCCUGCUGGCCUUCCGGACCUCAAGCUCCUCCAGGUGGUCUAUCUGCACACCAACAACAUCACCAAGGUGGGCGUCAAUGACUUCUGCCCGGUGGGCUUCGGGGUCAAGCGAGCCUACUACAAUGGCAUCAGCCUCUUCAGCAACCCCGUGCCCUACUGGGAGGUGCAACCGGCCACCUUCCGCUGCGUCACUGACCGCCUGGCCAUCCAGUUUGGCAACUACAAAAAGUAGAGGUGGCGGCAGCCGCCAAGGUGGCCUGGGCGGGGUCUCUGGGGAGCACAGCGGAUGUCCUGAGAGGGGGAAGCAAAGCAGGGGAGCGAAGCCAAUGCUCCGCUGCACCCGACCCAGCCCCGCCCUUGAUCCCCAACCCCCCUCGUCACCGCCCGACGUCCUUGCCCUGGCUCCCAAGUGUGCAGGUGAGGCGUGAGGCCUGGCCCCCAUCACACGCCCCUUAGCUUCAGAGCCGCCCCUGCUCCCCCAUCAUGACCACGCAGAGGUGCCCCCACGAAGCUUUCUUCCCAUUCACCCCAAAACCAAAUUGUCUGAGGCUCCAGUCCAAGGAAAAUGGUCCCUGGGUCUGGGGGGCCAGGGAUGGAGACAGCGGAGCCCGCUGAGCCCACCCUACCUCCGGGCACACAUCCCUCCUCGGCCUGGCCUGCUACCUUCUCUCCCGUGCCCGCUGCCAUC